AUGUUACAAAAGUGUACUGCGGCCAUUCGCCAACUGGCGUACGGGACAGUGGCCGACGCUUUGGACGAGUACUUACAGAUGUCGGCAAAAACUACGCAGGAAUGUUUGUAUCGGUUUUGCCAUAAUGUGGUGAAACUGCAUAGCAAAAAAUAUUUGCGGAAACCAAACGCGUAUGAUGUUCAACAGUUGUACCAAGCUCAUGAAGCAAGGCACGAGUUUCCGGGAAUGCUUGGUAGCAUUGAUUUUUCUGGGGUUGAGUAUAGACGUGGGUAUUAUCUUGCUGACGGGAUAUAUCCGUCUUGGUCUAUAAUUGUAAAGACUAUUCCAUAUCCCGAGGACGAAAAAAGGAAAAAAUUCGCCAAGCGUCAAGAAGCUGCAAGAAAAGACAUCAAACGUGCUUUUGGUGUCAUACAAAAAAAAUGGGCCAUCGUUGCACAACCGGCACGUGCGUUCACACCGAAAAGGUUGCGUCUUUGUAUGUACGCUUGCAUUUUGCUCCAUAACAUGAUUAUUGAAGACGAAGGUCGGGCGAUUUGUGAGUAUGAUGAGAAUGCAUCUUACGGGAACAUUGUCCCGGUUGAUCCGCCACAACAGGAUUUAAACUCGUUCUCGCUAACAAACGACUUCACGCAUGCAAACCUUCAACAAGAUUUGGUAGAACAUAUUUGGAACAAUGUUAACAUGGUGGACGGUGACGGAGACGAAGACGAAGACGAGUAG